UAGUUUACACAUUCAAAACAUUCAUGAUCGUUCGAUUUUAAUCAAAUGAUUUAGAUUAAAACAAAUUUUACUUUAAAUUUUAUAAUUAAAAAUAUCAAACGUUAGUCUAAGUCGUUUGAUAUUAAUUGAAUGAUCAACGAUGUCUCAAAUAUGUGAAUACGUAGAACUUGACCACAUGAAACCACACCCACAAUAUAAGGCAUAAUCAAUAACAUGAUAUAUUAUAUAUAGUCCCGAUCCAUCUUUUCAUCUCACUCAUCAUCUCAUCCAAAUCAAAAUGAGAAAAACAAAGUCCCUUUCCUUUCAAUUCUUAGCAAUAACAUGUGUUUUCUUGCUUCACUUUCAAUCCAUCAUAAUUCAUGCACAAGACCAUAUAGCAACUUCAGAAUAUGAAGCACUAGGCCUAACAACAGAACCAAAGAGAGAAACACUAGAAAUCAUCAUCGGCAUCGGCGGAGGUGGCGGUUCUUCCCCCGCUCCUUCACCUGAACCAAACUGUCCUCCUCCUCAAACUCCCCCACCGCGCCCCACCUACAGACUAGAAAGGGCCCGCCGGGUACUUAUCGAAUUCGCUAAAACUGUCAAGCCAAAUAAGAUCACUGCAACCUGGAUUGAGUCAAAUAAAGAUACAUGUAACCAAUUUACCGGAAUCCUUUGUGGCAAAUACCCAACGGAUGGCCAAAAAGCAGUUGCUGGAUUGGACUUAAACCAAGGAAGACUCUCAGGUAAAACCUGUGACAAUAUACCAUUAACCGGUCUCUUAGACAAAUUAGAAGAGUUAACAUUCUUCCAUGUAAACUCCAACAACUUCUCAGAUAAAAUCCCAACACAAAUCCUUAAAUUCCCUUAUUUCUACGAACUUGACCUUAGUAACAACAAAUUUGUCGGCGUGUUUCCGGAAGUAGUUAUUCAAGCUACAAAUCUAGUUUUUCUAGACCUCAGGUUCAACAAUCUACAAGGUCCUAUUCCAUCAGACCUAUUUAAAAAGGAUCUUGACGUAAUUUUUGUCAACAACAACAAAUUCACCGGAAAUUUACCUGCGAAUUUCGGGUCUACCCCUGCAAGGUACUUAACAUUUGCACGUAAUCAAUUAACAGGUGAAAUUCCUAGAAGUAUCGGCGGUGCUUCGAAAACUUUAACUGAAGUGCUUUUUUUAGGGAAUAAAUUUGAAGGAUGUUUACCAUUUGAAAUUGGGUAUCUGAAAAAAGCAACAGUUUUUGAUGUUAGUGAAAAUUCAUUAACUGGGCCUAUUCCAGCUUCAUUUGGUUGUUUGGAAAAGAUUCAGUUUUUGAAUUUGGCAACAAACAAAUUCUAUGGUACUGUUCCUGAAAGUGUUUGUGUUCUACCUGGGAUAAAAAACAAUGGAAAUUUGUCUUUGUCGAAUAAUUAUUUCACUGCAAUUGAUCCAGCAUGUUGGAUUUUGUUGAAAUCUAAGAUAUUGGAUGUUAAUAACAAUUGCAUUCCUGGGCUUCCUAAUCAAAGAUCAAAGAAAGAUUGUUAUGAUUUUCAAUGUAAAGUGAAGCCGUGUUCGAAUCAUCAGAGUCUGAGUUAUGUUCCUUGUAAGACACGUUGGGGAGCUAAACAGGACACUGCUCCUGUUUCUCAAGAAAUGGCUACUGAGCCUGUUACUUACAAGUCUCUCAAACCUCAUCAUCGGUUGAGAAUGUGAUCGAGUUGUUUUGAAGGUUAUUCGUCGAUACUUCUGAUUGAAGAUGUGUUAAGUGUUGUCAACAACACAGACACAAUGCCGAUGCAUAUAGUUACAAUAAAUUAUUUUUCUAUCUAUAUAUAAGGUAUUACUGGUGUCUACGUGUUAAUGUGUUAGUGCCAUUAUGUUAUGUUCAAUAAGGUAUUACUGGUUGUUGAGCUGCAAAAUUAUGCUUAUUUUAAGGUAUAUAUUUAUGUUUCUUUCAUGGAAUAAUCUUAAUUGUAUGUUGUGUGUGUUCAUGAAUAAACACUUAUUAUCCAA